CCUGCGAUUUUAGUAAUAUCAGAUGAAAAUUUUGAUAAAGUUGAAUAUGAUUCUAUCAAUGUUGAUUUUUCUCAUUUAGAAAAUAUUCAAGGGAAAUUUGGAAUUAUAAAAAAAAUAUUAAAUUUGGUACUUGCAACUAGUAGAAUAGAAGAACUUUAUAAAAUUCACAAAAACUUUACUACUGAUAUAAAAAUUGAAAUUACAAAUAAGAGUAGAAAUGGUGAUAAUAUUGCAGAAUUUAUAUUUGUUAUUAAUAAUCCUAUAGAAAUUAGGACAAAAGGUCAACCAAAAGAAUCAAAUCAUGUAAAUACAAAUAUUAAAGGCAAAAGAAAGCAAGUAUUUAGUUCUAAUCAAAAUAAUGAGAAUAAGAUUAGAAGGCCUCGAAAAGUAUUAGAUGAUGUUGAUUUAAAUAGUAGUAAAUCUAGCAAAAAUAAAAGAAGAAAAU